GCACUUUCUCGGGGCCCCUUCCGAGCGAGAGUAACACAUAUUUACCAACGAAAGGGGGGCAACAGGGGUUACUUUUAUUCCUGGACGGGACGGAGCACGCCGUCUCCUCUGCUUCCUCUCACCUCACGCAUGGGCCUUCUGUGGGGCUGACAAGAUUCACAGAAGCGAGUUCGACCUCCUCGGAUUGAAUUUCAAACAUUCAAGAUUGACAACAUGUUCUCGGCGAGAGGGUCUCUCAAUGGAAGGCCAAGAACGCAAGCGCUGGACGGGAAACUCACCUCUCUCACUCUGUGAAUGUCCGGUGUUCUCGUUUAGUUCGAUUCGGGUCCCGUCAAAUUCAGACGUACGCUACGUUAUGGAGAGCCCCUUCAGAUCUGAGGAGAUUCCGGAAAUCUCGUCCCUUGAUUGGGAAUUGCAAGUUCCCGAAGACGAGCUCUUCAACAUUUUGAGCACCUUCUCCAGAAAUGAAGAGGUCAACUCUCAAGAGUCACAUAACGAUCAACCCCGAUCUUCCGGCAACGACUUCACAUCCUCGGAUGUACUUCUGUCCGGAACAAGCCAAAGCUCUUGUGAGUCCAACACCCCGUCUCCGAGGAAUGAUUAUGAAACCACUGGCGGUUAUGGUAAUUCCCGGCGAUCUGUCCGAUCAUCGAUCACCCUGUUCUCCUCAAAUAGUCAGAUUAGCCCUGUCACUUUCAAUGCCAACCAUCAUCCGAGUGGUGGACAAGGUGGGAGUCCGAAUUCCAACCACUCGGCCAUGAGCCUCGAUUCGGCCAUCGGCGAUGUCUACUCCGUACAAACCCCGAGUCGAAGUUCGAUUGAUGGCGAUGCCGACAAAAUCGACCUUAGCUCCGUCCUAGUCACAAGUGCUCCAAGAUCCUCUCAUGGGAUCCCCUCUACGUCACCAAUCGAUUGGUCAGUGAUGCCAUGGUCAGAUUUCAACGAUUUUUCGCCAAUUUGGAUGCGGUUCAAACCCUUCCUAUUAGUGACAUGAACCUUUUGUAUAACACGAACAUUUGUGUGGUGGCCAUAAUUCGCGCGUGUGCCAUGUCCACUAAUUUGUCCACUUUAUUGGACGCGUUUCCAUUUCCUUAUGGUCAGAACCUUCAGGCUGAAGAGGCCUUGUUCUUGAUCUUCUCAAACAAUCUGUACACGGAGCUCAAGGCUUUUGUGACGAAAGUGCAAGCGAGUUCUCUCCUCAAGGAUGUCCAAGUGAUGAUCUUCUGCAUGAUCCUGGGCUUCUUCAACGCCGUACCUGACAUCUUGGCCCAUCACCAGGUCUAUGACUCUCAACAUUUCUACAAGCAGAAGCUAAUGGAACAUUUAUCCGUUGUCCACGGGAGCUUGGAGCGAGCUCAAACCGAUAUGAAGAUCAUCGAGGAACAUUUGGAGGCCAUCCGCCAAUACGCUCACCGUCUCCGGGAUUUCAUGAGCGAAGUCAUCAAAUACGGCCUUCAAGACCAGUAUGAACCCAUUUGCGAGAACAUCGGAUUGAUCUGCUUCCUUAUUCAAAACGACCCAUCCAUGAACCAUCUCGGUUGUCCGCGUCCUCCUGUGAUGGGACCACGGAUCCAUCCAUUCUCUUAUCACCAUUUGUCAUAGCCAAUAAGUUCCCCUAUAUUUUG